UUCUUGUUAUAUAAAUUUGCAACGCUCCCCACAACAAUAUACUCACACACAUUUUCACAAGAACAUCAACAAUGAGUAAACAUCACAUACUAAUGAUACCAUAUCCAGUACAAGGCCAUGUUAUUCCCUUAAUGGAGCUAGCUCAAUCCUUAGUCAAAUAUGACUUCAAAAUCACUUUUGCCAACACUGAGUCCACUCACAAACGUAUUAUAAAUUCUUUAGGAGGAAAAAGUAUAUUGCAUGAUCAGAUUCAUCUGAUUUCAAUUUUGGAUGAAUCAGAAUCAGGGGAGAAUAAGAAUGUGCCAGGUAAGUUAUCUGAGGCAAUCUUUAAAGUCAUGCCUGGGAAAAUUGAGAAGCUAAUACAAGAAACCAAUGUAUCUGAGGAUGAUAAGAUCACUUGUGUUAUUGCUGACCAGAGCCUUGGUUUGGCUCUGGAACUUGCUGCCAAUAUGGGAAUUAAGAGAGCAGCCUUCUUAACAGCUGCAGCUGCUAAUUUGGUACUUGGUUUUAACAUUCCAAAGCUGAUUGAUGAUGGUAUCAUUGACACUAAUGGGACUCCAGCAAUAAAGGAUCAUGCUUUUCAGUUUGAACCAACUAUGCCUAUCAUGAAUACAUCAGACUUGGUUUGGACACGCAUGGGGAAUUUCACCAUGCAGAAAAUCAUUUUUGACAUGAUGGUGUACAAUAACAAAUCUGUGAAAACAGCAGACUGGCUCAUUUGCAACUCAACAUAUGACCUUGAACCAGGAGCCUUCAACUUAGCACCAGAGAUUGUGCCUAUAGGUCCUCUUUUGGCAAGCAAUUGUCUCGAACCGAGCAUGUCGCUUCCAGAAGCAGAACCCCGUAUUUCUUCUAGAGAAUCUCCUAAUUGUGAAAUUAGUUCAGUGGCCGGAUCCUUCUGGCCCGAGGACUCGACUUGUCUAAACUGGCUUGAUCAACAACCAUUAUGUUCAGUUGUGUAUGUUGCUUUUGGGAGUUUCACAUUAUUCAAUGAAUCUCAAUUUCAAGAAUUAGCAUUGGGGCUUGAACUAACAAACAUGUCAUUCUUGUGGGUUGUGAGGAAUGAUGCCCUAGAUGCUAAAACAGAUGUUUUCUUGAAAUUUUUUAUGGAUAGAAUAGGGAAGAAAAAAGGGCAAAUAGUGAGUUGGGCACCACAAUUGAAGGUAUUAAGUCAUCCUAGUAUAGGUUGUUUUGUAAGCCAUUGUGGUUGGAACUCAACAAUAGAAGCAAUAAGCAAUGGAAUUCCUAUCUUAUGUUGGCCUUAUUUUGCUGACCAGUUUAUGAACCAGAGCUACAUUUGUGAUAUAUGGAAGGUUGGAGUAGGACUAAAGAAAGAGGCUAAUGGGAUCAUCAAAAGGGAAGAAAUAAAGCAUAAGGUGGAACAGUUGAUGGGAUAUGUUGAAUUCAAGAAAAGAGCUUUACAACUCAAGGAAAUGACUAUGAGCUCUGUCAAAGGAGGAGGGAGGUCUUACCAGAAUUUCAUAAAUUUCAUUCAAUGGAUCAAGUCAUCAUAGAAAAUUGAAUAAGAGGUUUAAACUCAUACAUUAUUCUGUUGUAAUGUGGUUAUAUCAUAUUGUUGCUAAGGGGUUGUUAUGUUAUCAAUAGGGGUGUCAAAUGUCAAAUGGGCAGGUUGGACCGAUUUUGGGCAAGCCAAAAUGUGUUGGGUCAAUAAUGAGUUACUUGUGCUAAGAUGAAUUGGGUCAAGAUGAGCUAAAAUUCGGUAAC